UUACUUUAUAUGUGUUAUUUUUCUUGUUUGAUUCAGUAAAUAUUUAAACAUUCAUAUUUUAUUAGAUUUUAUACUAAGAUGACUAAAAUCGAUCUUAAGAACUAGCCAAACCUUAAAAUUUAAGGUAAAAGAAUUCAAUUUUAAUCUAAAUUGUUGAUAAUUAAUAGAUAGAUGAAUUCUUAAAAAAUGCUUAUAAUUGAUGUUUUUAAUUAAAGUUAAAAUGAAAAGUUAUAUAUUAAUAUAGAUACAUUAGGUGAUUUAACAGACACAAAUAACUUAAUAAAAUGCUAAAGCUGA